AUGAAUUUCUCGCCGUACGGGAAUGCAUCUCCAUACGCCGCUCAAGGCAGUAUGAUGACAAACACGAAUGUCGCAAUUCAGCAUCGUAAUAAUGAAAAGAUGCUUCAACUCGUCAGAAGAUUAACGUUAUCUCCAAAAGAAAGAGCGGAAGCGCUUCAUAUUUUAAGUGUGCAACGCGAACAAAUACCUGGUUUAGCGCCAUAUCUAUGGUAUUCACCAGCAACUAUCACUGCUUUAUUAUCAGAAAUAAUUUCAAUUUAUCCUUAUCUUGCUACUAACAAUUUAAACAUUCCUCUUUCAAACAGGGUAUGCAAUGUUUUGACCCUGUUCCAAUGCGUUGCAGGGCAUGAUGAAACAAGAACUCCUUUCGUUAGAGCAAAUAUUCCAAUUUAUCUCUUCCCAUUCCUUCAUCAAACAUCUCAGUCCAGAGAAGCCGAAUACUUCAAAUUAACAUCUCUCGGUAUCAUUGGAAGCCUUGUUAAGGCAGAACAACCGGAUAUAAUUGAAUAUUUGCUUAAAGCAGAUUUUGUUCCACUUUGCUUGAGGAUUCUCCAGUUCAGUCAGGAAAUCUCACGAACUGUCGCUGCAUUUAUCAUCCAGAAGAUUUUAUCUGAUGCUGGAGGCAAAAAUUACAUCUGUUCUACAAGAGAACACAUCGAAACAGUUCUAAAGGUCUUGAAUCGCGUUGUUUGCGACUUGACACGCGAUUUUUCAAGCCGUUUGGCGAAACAUGUGAUCGGAUCUUACCAAAUCCUCUUUGAAAUCAAAGAAGUAAGGAAUCUCAUCGCGUCCCUUCUCCCUGCUGAACUUAAGGACGCAAAAUUCUCUCCAAAUACUGAUGAACAGUUCAAGAAUUUAGUUACUACUUUGCAGAACAUGACUACAUCGGCCAAGGCUGGUGUACAACCAUUAGUUUUCUCAAUCAAUAAGAAAGAUUGA